AUGGAGCACUGGGACUCACUUGGAUUUUUGAUAGUCACACUCAAUUAUAAUGUGACUAUUGUAGGGAAGAUCUGGCUGAUGUUAAUAGUCCUGCUGCGGAUGGCAGUGGUGGUGUUAGCAGGCUACCCCCUGUACCAGGAUGAGCAGGAGCGCUUUGUCUGCAACACCCUGCAGCCAGGAUGCUCCAACGUUUGCUAUGACCUGUUCUCUCCCGUGUCUCACUUCAGGUUCUGGCUCAUUCAGACCGUGUCUAUCCUGCUGCCCUAUGCUGCAUUCAGCAUUUAUGUUUUGCACAAGGUAGCUAUGUACAUUGUAAGAAUGCACUGUCUGGUGCAUGGGUGCAAGAGGAACAAGGGUUUAUCAAGCCCUGAAGAUGUGAAGGAGCUCUGUAGAAGUGCAGUUGUCAAUAGAGAAGAUUAUUAUGGUGCAGACAGCCUAAGUGUCCUUAAUUUUUCAGGGGCAUAUACCAUUCAUCUUUUUAUUAGGACCCUACUUGAGGUUGCCUUUGCAGCUGUACAAUACUUUCUUUUUGGAUUUUUUGUUCCUGACCGCUUUUCAUGCUACCACUCACCUUGCACAAGCACUGUUGACUGUUACAUCUCCCGGCCCACUGAGAAAUCCAUCAUGAUGAUUUUCAUCUGGGGGGUCAGCAGUCUGUCCUUUCUGCUCAGCCUUGCUGAUCUCGUCUGUGCUCUCCAGAGAAUGACAGCAAGAAACCAGAAGAACAAGCAGCUGGCAAACCUCUGCACAGAGAAGGAGUGCAUGAUAUAUCUUCCCCCAGUCCAGCACAGUAGCUCUUCUCCACCUCAAAAUGGGGAUGGCCCAGCAGCAAACAGCUGUCAGGCCAGUGAUGGCACCUGCUCGCUCCUCCCUGACGAGGAAGAAGAGGCUGUUCCUCAUCCUGCAGGUGUCCCUCAGCAAAGUGCCUGCACUAACAUCAGCAGCAGCAGUAAGUGCUGUGUACCAGGAGACCUUGCUGUUAAACAUCAGAGCACUGAAGAACCUUUGUGUGCCAGUGACCACCAAGGAGCUCCCUGCAGCCAAGUGAGACCCAGACUUCAGCAAGACUUCAUUAAAGAUACUGCCCUGGCUUUGAGACCUCAGAUCGAGUCUCCCCUUGGAGUUUCUUCCGCUGUUGUCCAGAGCAAGCUUUUAGGGUUCUACCCUACAGCUGAGCUAAAAAGCCCUGAUGCACAAUCGAAUUAUAGCAGCACAAGCUGCCUGAGGUCAAAAAAGUCCGAAUGGGUAUAG